AUGAAGGGCUUAUUAGUGUUUCUGUUACUCUGGGUGACAUGCUCUGACGCAUUUAAGAUUUUACUAUAUUCUCCGAAUUACAGUAGAAGUCAUAUCAACUUUAUUGGGAAGUUGGCGGAUCUCUACAUUGAUGCUGGUCAUGAAGCGGUAAGAUUACUGUAUUUUUGGAGAAUUUGUAUGGCUUAUGAUAAUCAAUUUUGUUCAUAUUUAUAAGGAUAAUGGAGUGAGGAUGUUUAAGAGUUUUUUUCCUUACGAAGUAAUGAUUUAUCCUAUGUUUAGGUAGUGUUUCGACCAGAACUGCUGGACGAUGAUCCGAAUAUAUUAAUCAAUGGAACGAAGGCUAGAGUUAUAUGGUUUAAAAAGCGAUUUGAAUCUGGCUACAGUGCAGGCACGUUGCAAUCAGAUGCUUGGACUAUGGGAAACGAUGGUAUAAUCAAGACAUUGACGAGCGGAUGGAAGGUAAGUAUAGUUAGAUAAUUUAAUUUUCGUUUACUAGAUUUGUAUGACUUUGCAGAUUUUUUGAAGUUUUUUGUAGAGUUACUUUAAGUUUAACAAUGUUUUAUUAUUUUAGGUAAUGCAAAAGUUAGGGGCUACAAAUACAAAAAUGUGUGAUCGUAAGUUUAUUAAUGUUAUCCUGUUGAUGGUUAGUAUCAGCAACAUUGAUGUAUACUAGUUAUAAAAAUUAUCGUAAUGUAGCCUUAGUAGAAGGAUAUCAAAUAAUAAGUUAGUUUAAAAUUGUUAUAAUGUAGCUUCAGUUGAACAAUAUCAAGUGAAAAUGUAGUGCAAUUUUAGAAAUUUUGGACGAUGAUCAACUGGUCCACGAUUUGAAAGCCGAAAACUUUGAUAUCGGUUUGAUUCAGAUAUUCGACGUUUGUGGAGCAGGACUAUUCAAGAAGAUUGGAUUGGAAAAGUUUGUUUUGGCUUCGUCUAUGCCACUGUCUACUUCAAUAUCGGCCGCUUUUGGCUUACCGUACUCGCUCAGCUAUGUUCCUGGUAUGUUUUUACUAAAGCAUUAUUUGAUUUUGGGUGAUGAUUAAUUUUCUAAAAAUUGUGAUAUGGCGUUAUGGUGCUUUUCAUAGUGCAAAGCGGGUUAUGAUGCUUUAAGUACAAAGAUUAUUUUUUAGAUUUUCUUCCAACUGUCAGGGAUUACGGUAGCUUUGUCAAACGGGUUUCUAAUAUUCUUGGAUUUGCGUUCACUAAAGGGGUCUUGAUGGCUGCUUUUCAAGGAUAUCAAGUUGUGUCAGUUCAAAAACAUUUUCCAGAAUUUACAGCCGAUGUAAGUGGUUGGCAUUGUGUUUUAUUGUAGUAAAGACUAUUCGAUUAUUUUUUGUUUAAAACAAGGUUUUACUAUACUACUAUUAGGCUGUUCAAAUAAUACUGUGUUCCGUCAAAGUAAUUUAUUGGGAUUAGGGGCACAUAAUUAUUUGAACAACCUAAUGUUAACAUAAGUGGUAAAGGUUACUUAUUUUAUAUGUAGCAGUACGACUUUAAGUUUUCAAAAUUUAAUAUUUUAGAGAGCACUAGGCAAUGCCUCACUCUUGUUUGUCAACAGUGAUGAACAUGUUGAGUAUCCGCGUCCUAUAUCUCACAAAGUUGUAUAUAUUGGAGGGUUUGCAUUGAGUGAUCCAAAACCUUUGAAAAAUGUAAGUUAUUCUAUUAUUAUCAAUAACUUUAUGUUGGGCCAAACAGCACAGUUGAAUAGUAUUUUAAACUAACUUUAUAUACACCUUACUAUUUGACUGUUAUAACACAGGUGUUUGCCUUAUCAAUAUAAACCUUACAAGUGUUCAAACAUACAACUAUUAGGUUGUUCAAAUAAUUUAGAGCUAACUAAACACGAUAAUUUGCUUUAAGGCGGGGCACAUAAUUAUUUGAACAAUCUGUGAAUUUUAGCCCUACAAAGAGGUCCUAGACGAAGCUAAGAAUGGAGCCAUUUUGAUAUCUUUUGGCUCAAUUGCGCAAAGUGUUAAGAUGCCGAACGCCACGAAACAAGCCUUUGUGGAUACCUUCAAAGCUUUCCCUGACAUCAAGUUCAUCUGGAAGUACGAACAGCCUGACGAUGAUGUGGCAAACGGUCUUGAUAAUGUUAUAAAGUCAAAAUGGGUACCACAAACUGAUAUUUUGGGUAGGUUUUUAUGCUUUAUGAUUUGGGGUAUGUAAUGAAAAUGGUUUUAUUUUUUACUAAUCUAUAAUAUUACAUUAUUUUACUUUGUUUUUAUAAUUUUUGUCGGUUAUACUGAAUAAAAACAUUUCUAUGGAAAUACUAACUUAUGGUACUAGUUAUAGCACCUUAUUUUAGACCACAAGAAUGUGGUUGCAUUCGUAACUCACGGUGGAAUGAACAGUGUAUCUGAAGCGUCUCACUUUGGUGUUCCAAUGUACUGUAUCUUUUUGUUUGGCGAUCAAUUCAGAAACUGUAAAAUGGUACAGGAAAAAGGACUGGGACUGGUUGGUAAGAAGGGAGAACUCACGAAAGAUGUCGUCUUCGAAGCUUUGAAGGAACUGAUUAACAACAAAUCGUAAGUAACUUAUUUUACAAAGGUCUAAUAUUCUCCAGAAAAUCGUACGAAGUCGUAUUUUACAUCAAUUUGUAUGAUAAAGCUAAUAUUUAUUAUAAUAUGUAUUAUAUUUUCAUGGUACUGUAAAGUAAAUCUUUGUCUGGAUGUUAUUUCUCUCAUCUAAGAUCACAAACCGCUUUAAAACUAGCUUAAAAUGUCAUUUUAGAUACUACCAAAAGGCGAGAGCCAUCGCCGAGAUGAUCAAAGGAAAGCCGAUGCAGCCGGCCGAACGCGUACUCAAGUAUACCCAAUAUGCUGCGACAUACGAUGUAAAACAAGUGUUGGAAUUGGAAGGACGGCAUCAGAAUGUCAUUGAAUUUUACAACAUUGAUGUAUAUCUUGUCUUUUUGACCAUCUUGUGGUUGGUUCCCUACGUAUUCUACAAACUUGUACGAUGUUGUUGUUGUAGGAGAAAGGCGGUCAAAAGUAAACGGGAGUAA